AUGACGCCACAUGACACAAUACUUGCUGCCUUUUCAAGCUUCGUCUAGCAGAUAUAUUGAGCGGUCGUUUAACUUUAUUAAAUUUUAUAAACUGCUAUUGUUUUGUCUUUUCUGAUUCAAUGUUAAUUGAAACGUUUCUGUGAGAGUCUACCGCCCUGUGCUAGCCUAUGUGGACAGUGUUGUUUUGUAAGUUGUGCGGCAGCAGCAAUGUUUUCGGCUUGGAUAACGGCGCUGAUAGCUGGGGUCUCAACCCUUGUUAUACAGAAGCUCUUCUUUCCUUACUUUUGGAUAGACCUGAAAUACCUUACCAAGGUCAUCAGCUACGGGAUAAAGAUCGAAAUAUACAAGAAGACUGCGAAAGUUGUGACCGUGCUGGACAGGUUUAUGCAACAAGCCCAGAAAAUCCCCAAUAAGCCCUUUAUCAUCUACGAGGACAACGCAUUCACGUACCAAGAUGUGGAUAAAAGAAGCAAUCAAGUGGCUCAAGUAUUCUUUAAGCAGGGCGUCUUGAAAAAGGGGGACACGGUUGCCCUGCUGAUGAGCAAUGAACCCGAUUUUAUUAACGUUUGGUUCGGACUCUGCAAGCUGGGCUGUGCUGUAGCUUUUCUCAACUUCAAUAUCAAAUCCAGGUCCUUGCUGCAUUGUUUCAACAGUUGCGGAGCCAAAACCCUUGUUGUGGGUUCAGAUAUGACAGACACAUUGGAGGACAUUCUUCCGAAUCUGCAUGAAGAUAACAUUAGUGUUUGGAUAAUGGCUAGUGAGUCCCAUCAGCCUGGAAUAAACACAAUUCUCGACAAGCUGGAAGAUGCCCCAGAUGAACCUGUACCUGCACAUCUUCGGGCUACUGAUUCUGUGAAGACACCAACUCUCUAUAUCUUUACCUCAGGAACCACAGGUCUUCCGAAAGCAGCUGUUAUUUCCCAACUUCAGUCCUUGAAAGGUGCUGCUGGGCUUUGGGCAUACGGUGCCACUGCAGAUGACAUUGUGUAUGUCACAUUGCCUCUAUAUCACAGUGCUGCCUCACUACUUGGAGUUGGUGGAUGCAUUGAACUGGGUGCUACCUUCGUCUUGAAGAAGAAGUUUUCAGCCAGUCAGUUCUGGAGUGAUUGUAGAAAGUACAAUGUAACCGUGUUCCAGUAUAUUGGAGAAAUCUGUCGCUACCUCUGUAAUAUGCCCAAGAAAGAAGGAGAAAAGGAUCACAAAGUGCGAAUGGGUGUUGGGAAUGGUGUGCAGCAAAAUAUUUGGAAGGAGUUUCUUGAUCGUUUUGGCGACAUUAAAUUGUGUGAGCUUUAUGGCUCCACGGAAGGAAACGUUUGCUUCAUGAACCACGUCGGCAAAAUAGGAGCUGUAGGCCGUUCCAAUUUCUUUUACAAGCGAAUCUCUAAGUAUUGUUUGGUCAAAUAUGAUUUGGAAAAUGGCGAGAUAAUCCUAAAUGAACAGGGGUUUUGUGAAGAAGUUAAGAAAGGUGAAGCUGGGCUUCUGCUUUCACAAAUAAAUUCGAUAAGCCCAUUCUUUGGUUAUGCAGGAAGCAAAAGUCUUACAGAGAAGAAGCUGCUAAGAGAUGUUUUCAAGAAAGGAGAUGUGUAUCUUAACACAGGGGAUUUAAUGGUCGAAGAUCAUGAAGACUUCAUAUACUUCAAUGACAGGAUUGGAGAUACAUUCAGAUGGAAAGGAGAAAAUGUUUCAACGACAGAAGUAGCAGAUGUUGUUGGAAUAAUAGACUUUUUACAAGAGGCCAACAUAUACGGGGUUUCUGUUCCAGGUUAUGAAGGUAAAGCCGGAAUGGCUGCAGUUGUUUUAAAUCCUGGGUGUGGUUUUGAUGGGAAGAGUCUGUAUGAACAUGUUGAGAACUACCUGCCUGGUUAUGCAAGGCCACGUUUUGUGAGAAUUCAGAAGUCAAUGGAAAUAACUGGAACCUUCAAGCAGCAGAAAUUCAGAUUAGUGGAAAGUGGAUUCAAUCCUUCAACUAUAACUGACUCACUGUAUUUCUUAGACGAGUCACAGAAAUGCUAUGUUCCGCUGACUACAGAAAUCUUUGACAUUAUUGCUUCUGGUCAGAUAAAGUUAUAGAAGACCUGUUUCUUAAAGUUAAAUGUAACAGUUUACUGGCAGGUGAAAGUAAACAUGCCAAAAAACUAUUUAAUUGGCAUUAUUAAUGCGUUGUGUAAUGUUGUAUGUUCAGGAAAAAUGAAGACCAGAUCUCAAUCGAAUGUUCUUUGAAUAAUUUAUAGGGGCCUUCUUUGUAAACGUUUUACAUAUACAGUGCAGGUUAAUUAUGAAUGACCUACAUUGUAAAUUAAUCUUAACCUGGCAAAAAAUACUGUUGAUGAUUAGAUUUCCACUUCAGACUUGGUCAAGGUUGGACUGGCUGCAAGCUCCCAAUCUGGGUUAAAGAUCUUAAUCUUAUUUCACUGUGGUUAGUAGGUACAGUAUAAAUAAUGAAUUUAAAUAUAUUAAUGACAUCAGGGAAGCCAAUUUGAGCCCAUACAAGUUUGACUUGAUUUUUUUUAGAUAAAGAAGCUAAUGUAAUAUAAUGCCACAAGAAAUUGGUAAAGAGCACAAAGCAACUAUCUUUCUAUACUGGUGUAAAAAAGAAAUAUGUGUGAGAAUGACAGAAUUCAAAUUCAUUCCAUUCCUAAUAGAGAAACCUUAAUGGCAGUUUCUUUGAGCAACAUGUUUCCGAUGUGUCACUUUUAUUUGACAUAAUUGUGUGUGCAGUGCUUGUUUGGAAUUGCUGCCAGGAUAUAUCUUAGCCUACCAUACCAACUUAGCUAGGUUUGGGACUGAACCCUGAAAUGAUUUACAGUAAAGCCUGUACAAUCCGGGACCGGAAAAUUGGGCUGGAUUAUUUACUAGUGUGCUGGAUUACAGAGUUACUGUCAAUAAUUCGUUAAGGAAAGCAGUUGUGGAUUUUUCGUGGGCGUGCAUACAUGCGGGAACUCUGCAGGGAACAAGCUCUUAUCAUUCUCAUACUAAGUUUGAUUCUGCACCACAGUAAUCAUAUCGGUCCGCUUUUAAGAAUCAACCGCUUAUAAGAAUCAAAACACCCAGGACGGAUGUGAUUCUUAUAAACGGACUGCACUGUAUUUAGUGGUUGCUUGUGUUGAUUAUAUAUGAUAAGUGUAUUGAUUUGGUUCUCAAACAAACAAAAAAAGCCUUGUAUGUUUUUUGCCUCGCCCCAAGUGUAAAACAAAAAUCCACAUUUUUCCGCAUUAGCCUAUUCCACAGCAAACGGAUUCCUAUGAUCCCUGUUCAUGACGUAGAAAGAGUUUAACUGAGUGCAUCCUUUUGAUAUGUUUGAUUGGUCUCGCAGAGGUAUGGGUAAAAAUAGCCUGAAUGGCCUUGCCCUGCUAUAUGUCCACAGAGACAUGUCCCAGGAGGAAGUGUUACAGCAUUUUGAUAGAUCAGGCCAUAAGAGGAUUGGCAAACUAUUUAAAGUAAAGCCUUCUAAAUCAGUGAUUUAAUCGUGGCAUCAUACAGUCUCAGCACCAGUCCCAGCAGUGUCAGCACCAGUCCCAGCAGUAGCUGCACUAGUCCCAGCAGUGUCAGCACCAGUUUUACCAAUCCCAGCAGUGUCAGCACCAGUUUUACCAAUCCCAGCAGUGUCAGCACCAGUCCCAGCAGUAGCUGCACUAGUCCCAGCAGUGUCAGCACCAGUCUUACCAAUCCCAGCAGUGUCAGCACCAGUCUUACCAAUCCCAGCAGUGUUAGCACCAGUGUCAGCAGUGUCAGCACAAGUCCUAGCAGUAGCUGCACUAGUCCCAGCAGUGUCAGCACCAGUCUUACCAAUCCCAGCAGUGUCAGCACCAGUUUUACCAAUCCCAGCAGUGUCAGCACCAGUUUUACCAAUCCCAGCAGUGUUAGCACCAGUGUCAGCAGUGUCAGCACAAGUCCUAGCAGUAGCUGCACUAGUCCCAGCAGUGUCAGCACCAGUUUUACCAAUCCCAGCAGUGUUAGCACCAGUGUCAGCAGUGUCAGCACAAGUCCUAACAGUAGCUGCACUAGUCCCAGCAGUGUCAGCACCAGUCUUACCAAUCCCAGCAGUGUCAGCACCAGUCUUACCAAUCCCAGCAGUGUCAGCACCAGUCCCAGCAGUAGCUGCACUAGUCCCAGCAGUGUCAGCACCAGUCUUACCAAUCUCCGCAGUGUUAGCACCAGUGUUAUAUAUAAAUAUAAUGAUCUGCAAUAACUACACCCAAUGUUUAAUGUUACAAAACAAAAACAUAAUCUACAAGAGGUGGCAUUCUUACCUCAUUUUGAUAAAUAAACUUUAAGUCAAGUAUUUUCCAAAUAAAGUUUCCAUCGUUGAUAUUAUACAAUAUUAAUCAUAAUAUAAUACCUACGAAGACUAAUUUGAGAAGUUUAGCUGGAGAAGAUUCCACCCUUUUAUAAAAGAUAAGCUCAAUUAUUCUAACAACGUGACAGUAACAACAGCGUCCUACUAUGUAAAACCUAGACAAUCCAUUCAACGAUGCGUGGAAAUAACAGUGUUCCUGUAACUGUUACCUUUGUAAGAUUUCAUAUCAGUUUGUCUCAGUGAUGUUAAUUCACUUGAAAGUUGUAUGGAUCUCCACCCUCAACAGCUUUUUUUAAAAUUCCUCCCCCUUGUGUUUUUUGGUCUUUUUCAUUGUACAUUGUACAAUACAAGCAAGAAAAUGUUUCUUAUUUUGUGUUUUUUUCAGUAAACCCGCUUUAAAGUAUGUAAUAUUUGGGACACCCUGUCUCGUUAAGUUAAAGCACAGACACGAUAUGCUCUCUAACAUAGCAUUCAAGUUUCACAGUUUACAAUUAAAAAUAUUCCCUGAAGUCCCGCUCUGCAUGAACAGAGAAUACAAAUGUGAAAUUAAAUAAUAGAAGAAGAUGUUAAGGUCCAAUCAGCAAUCAGUGCUGUAUCAUUUUGGCCAACAUUUUUUUACUUCAUAUCUUGAAUUCAUUUUUUCUAUCUGUAUCUCCAUAUGUCCAAGACAGUGACUCCAUAGUGUUAUGAUUUAAUAUGGAAUGACUUAUUUAUUUAAUAAGCAUAUUAAUAACAUAUAGUGUAUCUCCUGCUACGACUGUGAAUACUUUCCAAGAUUCUGAUACUCAAUAACAUGUGGUAAAGAACAUUCUUAUUACUGUGGGUUUUAUAACAAUUUGAUUUUUAAAUAAACAAAGAGACAGACAUGUUAUAUCCCCACAUUCUAAUCCCCUCAAUAACUUGUUCAAGAAUGUACUGACAAAGUUACCUCAGUUAUAUUAUUAUCCCCGUGUGUCUGCCUUUACAUCCAUAUCUCACUUACAGUUUUACAUACUGUAUAUAUAGAGGACCACUUACCCACCUGUGAUUAUUUUUUAUGCUGUAAAUAAUCUGGUGUGGACUGACUCAGGGUAGUUACUGUGCUAAAGACUGUUCUAUGGGUUAAACAAUCUUAAUUUAUAUGCUGUAAACAUUUUCUUAUAGUAUUUCCAGCAAGCAAGAAUUUGUUUUAUAAAUUAGAUCCCAAAAAGUGAGUUUUUGUAAUGUUUAGCUGUUUUUUUUUUUUUUUAAAGCCUUAUAGAAAAGGGGUGUAGUUUACAGUGUUUUGUAACUUUAAUUUCAUCAUCCAGUGCUGUUAUAUUGUGGACAGAUUUUAAUCUGUAAAUUCCUCAAUAUAUGUAAUUUUGUAAACUGAUUCUAGAUUAAUUAACAGAUCAGCAUGUUGCAAAUAAAAUUAAUGUAAUUGUUAUUGUCAUGACGAUAAUGAAAGUGUGUUUAUAAUAUAUAAUAAAGAAAGAAUUGAUUACAUUAUGUAUAUGACUGUAAGUUCUUAACACUGUAUUCCCAACUGUCCAUUUUUACCUAAAAGUCUUUCAUUAGCAUUCAGGGUUCUAGCUAAUAACUACAUAAUGUGUUAAUUAUUAUUAUUAUUAUUAUUAUUAUUAUUAUUAUUAUUAUUAUUGGCAAAUGUACACUACAUACACUAAUUGAUCAAACUAUAUGAGACUGUAAUAAAAUGAUCAAAUCCUCUUGUCUGCAAUUCCUGUGAAUGUACAGUGUCAUGUGAUCCAUGCGACCCACUGUAGAAGCUGUUCAACAGGUGGAUGCAACUCACGGAUCUCAGUGACUGUCCCUCAACUGAGUGGCUUGAACAACGUCCUCUUCAAGACAGUCUCUCGAGUGUUCCUGGAAUGGCAACGUUUGCAGAAAACCACCGCUGAAAAACACAAGGGGGGCAGUACUGUAGAACAAAAUGGCUUGGAAUCUUUAAUACUUUGCAGACUUGUUGCUGCUGUUGAUUAAGGUUUGUUGCAAGUACCCAGGACAAGGACGAUCUCAGUGAUAGGGCUUUUGCUGUACGUGCUACUGUAUGCCCCCCUUGUUUGGAAUUCACUGGUUUACUGAUUCAUACUAUGACGAUUAUUAUAUCUUGUGCAAGACAUGUUUAUGUGAUCCUGCCUUUUCUAUAAAUUUUAUGUUGUUGGUU